CUCAGAGGAGCACCGGGCAAGGAACGCACCCCGCACUCCGUCUCCAUGGCCGUCCCCACCGGCUGGAACAACUGACCCGUGUGGCUGGAGUAGGAGGGGAACUCGUCUGCGUCCGCCACCCUGGUGACUAUCUUUCCAAAGCAGCGUCCUCAGGCCGGUUCAGCAGGCUCCGUCUGGGAUUGGGGGGGGGGGCAGGAAAGGCAGCGUUUCUGAGAUGGCAUCGGGGGAGAUCACCACCCUCCCCGCCAUACCUGAAGACGGGGGCAGUGGUGCCUUCCCGCCUGGGAAUUUCAAGGAGCCCAAGAGGUUGUACUGUAAAAACGGGGGCUAUUUUCUGAGGAUAAACUCAGAUGGGAGAGUGGACGGCAUCCGGGAGAAGAGCGAUCCCCACAUCAAACUGCAGCUCCAGGCGACUUCAGUGGGAGAGGUGGUGAUAAAAGGAGUAUCAGCAAACCGCUACCUUGCGAUGAGCGAAGAUGGAAGGCUGUUUGGCGCGAGACGUGCUACAGAUGAAUGCUAUUUUAUUGAAAGGCUGGAGUCCAAUAACUACAAUACCUACCGCUCAAGAAAGAAUCCCAACUGGUAUGUAGCCCUGAAAAGGACUGGACAGUACAAAUCAGGGUCCAAAACGGGACCGGGCCAGAAGGCGAUACUCUUCCUCCCCAUGUCAGCAAAAUGCUGAUUUCUACACGUCAGCAAAGAGCCGCAUUCAAAACCAAUUCUAACCUGAACAGGCACUACAGAGAUGUGAAAGUACAAAAUAGACUCCACUAGAUUCUACCUACUCAGCAUAAGUCUUGUCAACCGUUCUUAAGAAACUAUUUUAAAAAUAAUAUAAAAAUGACCAUAAUGUGAAGUAUUUUACACUUUCUGAUAUUUAGAAAGUAUCUACAUUUGUGACACCUCUGUAACAAAAACUGAAUGUCUAGUGUACAUGCAGUCAGUCGACAGCACCGAUUCAUAAUAUUUGAUUUUGUGAAAUAUUUAGGUAAGAUCCAGACAUAACCAUUAAAACUCAUCUUCUGACUUGUUCUAAAGUAAUUCCCAAGUACAGUAGUUAAAGAGAGGCAUCAGUACUUCUCUGUUUCCAUUUUAAUAUCUGAUGUAAAUGCCAUUCACAAUUCAAUACCAGAACUAUCCCAAAUAUCCGAGAAUAACACUCGACUAGUUAACCGGUCCAUUUGAGGGUCCACAAAACCAAUGUGCCCUUUUUGCAAACUUGAAUUUUGCAGUUAAUAAUUACACAUUAGAAAAGAUCAUGAAUAAUCUAAGAAUUGGUACAUCGGUCCAUGGAGUUCCCAAGUUGAUCGCCACAUGAGGGGAUCUAGACAGUAAUCAAAGUUUCCACGUUUGAGUUUGCGAGCUUGAUGAGGUGCUCAUGGCUGUUUGUAAGAUGCGGGCAGUUCCCUGUGAUACAGCUGAUAGGACAGCCCCGAGUAGACAGCUGGCAUCUCCUCCAUGGAGAGGUCAAUCUUGUCGAAGCCUUCCCGGUAGCCAUAGAGGAGGAGUUUGGCUAUCCUACUGGUGAUGGGCGUGGUGGCGCCGGUCUGUGCCAACUUGACCAACUCCAUCCACUCACACCGGAGGCACUCCUGGGUGCAGAAGUGGAUGUCAUAGGACAGGGGCCUGAGCCGGCAGAUGAGGUACAUGUCAGACAUGCCGAAGGCACCGGGGUGCUUAUGCUGCUGCCGCACGCUCAGGAGGGACUGGAACUUUGACCGGAUCCCGGUCUCCUCAAAGACCUCGCGGACCGCCGUGGCACCUACAAGGCGUGGAAACAGGUUCUCAGAAUGCGCUCCCGAUGAGUAGAGCUUCUCAAGAAUGGUCCACUGGUAUGGAUUCGUUAUAUCCCCAUUUUGUAGAUUGACCCUCCCUCUGAAGCAGGGCUUUUAAAUAUUCCAGAAAGAGUUUUGUUCCAGAGCCACACAGUUCUGCUUUUGUUCUCAUACUCAUGUAUGCUGUGCCCAGUCAGAGAAAUAAAAGGAAACUGGAAGUAUUUGUACAUUAAAUACUUCCUGGGUUACAUUUUUCAAACCAGCACCUAGCUCAGAGGGUUAGAUCGCCCUGCCUAUGAUCAGAAGGUCGACAGUUCAAAGCCCAAGGUUGACAGUGAUUUCACCGCUGGGUCCUUAGCCAAGGCCUGACUGAUCAUGGUUUCUCAGAAAUAAACAUCACUUUGGAUAAAUGGGUCUGCUAUAUAAAUAAACAAUAUAAGUAGUUGUGUUACAUGAGCUUGUUAAAAAAAAUCAUUUAAUAAUCUUGGAAAUGCCCGAACAUAGCAUUAUAUCCUGUAGAUUAAAAAAUAAUGAUUAUUCAGAUGGAUGUUGGCCAUGUAUAUUAACAACUAAUAAAUCAAGCAAUAAUUCUGAUUAGCCUCAUACAACUGAUAUUAAUUUUUUUGUUGUGGUAACACAGAAUGUAUUGUUGAAUAUAUGAAUUUUCGAGGAUUUUUUUAAAUCCAGGAUUAAGGAUGUCAUGCAUCUUUAUUUUAAGUUUUUAACGUCUAUUUUUAUAUAUCAAAGCAAAAUGUGUUAAUGAGAAGUUAUGGUGACUUAUGUCAGUCCAGCAGGUGUCUUAUUAAACAUCUUGUGAACCUGUCAGAAAUAUAUAAAGAGAUACUAUUAUUAUGUGAUGUCAAAUCAGUGUUGAGUCUUAGUGCCCAAUACAGAUGGCAGUCCUGCAGAAUGUUGUCUAUAAUAUUUAGUAUUAGUUCUUAUAUUUAAGUAAUCAUUUGCAAAACAGUAAUUAAUGUUGGAAAAUAGAUUUGAUUAUUUAGGCAAAAUGCUUUAAAGAUAUUUUCUUAUAGUACAGCAAAAGCUAAUUUAUUGCUAUUUGUAUUCAUCUAUUGUUAACUGAAUAAAUAAUUAAAGAUAUUUAGAUUAUUCGUCCACCAAAUACCAGGCGACGCUUUUUUAACAGCAAACAGUUCAGUUGCAUUAUUCACACAACUUAAAAAUACUUGUUAAUAGCUUAGUAUCAAAACACAUGUAUCUUAGUAUUUUUAUGGAGUCCAAAGCUGCUUUUAAAAUCAAUUUAAAAGAACGGAAUAAUAUUGUGCAAUGUAGAUUUCAGUAUAUGUUAUCAGUGUGUGAGUGAAUUCAAGUUUUGGGUGUAAUAUGAGUAUGAUUUUUCAAAGCCAGUUUGCCUUACAAGUAUGUCACUGUAAAACAAUGGACUGUGCAGAUAGAGGAAACAUCAGAUACGCUACUUACCGAUAUUCUCACCCAGAUUUGAGAGACCACCAGGGAACUUCCACGCAUUUUUAGUCUGUAAUGAAAAUCAGCAGAGUACAUUUACAAAGGCCUUACUCCGUAAUUGGACACCACGCUUGCAACUCUUAUUCCACUGGGCUGGAGUAUUCGGUAUCAUUGGUAUCACAUGUGAGUGAGUCUGUAACCCUAAUGUGAUUCUAAGGUAAUAUUUGUCACUGAGACUGAGAUGGCGAAAACUGUGUUCUACUGAUUAUAAGUCUUAUCUUGUAUUUAAUAAAAUAAAAUAUGCUGCUGGAUAAAUUAUGAUGUUGCUGUUAUAUACGUGUCUUCAUACUGAAUAUAUAUGUAUCUAAGAUCAGAGCCAAUGGCUAUGUUCCGAAAAUCCAGCCAUACUUAGUCUUGUGUGUUACCUACAUAACUGAGAAACGCUACAUAUCGCUGUAACAUGUUGCAUCUUUAAUGUAAGGUUUUGCUGUUUUGAGGAAACUUAUACUAUUAUCAAUAAAAAUAUAUUUUGGAAGUGAAA